AUGGAAACACCUCCUACGCCAGAUCACGUGCAGCCCGACGAGGAAGUGGAUAUUCCCAGUAGGCCGAUCUCUCUAGAUUUGGACCUCAACCCAGAUUUGGAGGAGGAGGAUGAGAAUAUAAAGAGCCCAGCUUUGCAAAACACAUCAAGGGACAUGGCUGCAAAGUUCUCUAGUAAUAUUGAAAAUCUGCCUCCGGUAUUCUCACCCGUCAGAAUAUCGGUAUCUCUGUGGACAUUACCCUUCGAAGAUGCUUAUCAGCAAGUAAAAAAGCAAUUCGUGGAGGGAACGAAGCGCCAGCCGAUAACGCUUUCGCAACAGAGCAACUUCGUCAAUUACGUCGAUGCACAGCUUCUUCAGAUACAGCGGAAAUUUAUCAAGAAUCAGGCAGAGUCUGCCAUAACCUACACGCCUACUCAAAUAAUCGACGAUCUCCUGCCGGUCGUCGAUCUUCUAUGGAUUCUGCUUUUGAGCCACGAUCCCCUAUUCGGUCAAGAAGAGUACUACAUAAAGAUUUUGGGCGACUUGGAAGACUGGCUUGCCUACUACACAUUGCCAUCACUAGCUACACUGCUGGCUUCUAAUACCAAUUUUUUUGUCAAAUUCUUCGACUUAUUUCAGAAAUUCGACACCCAGGUUUCCUUUCUCAUCGAUGGCUACUAUGCAAAUAACAGAAUUUCCAAGAUGAGCGCCACAGAGGUGGUGAGACUCUCACCCAUAGUAAUGAGAUUAAGAUUGACAAUUGUUCAGAAAUUGGAGCAUUCCAGGGCCGUCUUGGAUGCGGCCAGAAAUAUCCCUGCUACCGAUGAAGCCUUGAAUGUUCUCGAUGUUGAAAUUGGCAGGCUCUUCGAGGGAAUUCUCGAAAGAAUCUAA